UUUCGGUUUCGGCUUGCUGCCCUCCAGUGCAGCAACAACGAACAGCAAACUAACUCUAUAUGAUGGCCGAUCACUUAGACGAACCGCCCCAGAAGCGGGUCAAAAUGGAUCCAACGGACAUCUCCUACUUUCUGGAGGAGAACCUGCCCGAUGAGCUGGUGUCCUCGAACAGCGGCUGGUCGGAUCAGCUUACCGGUGGCGGUAACGGCGGAGGAGGCGGCGGCGCCACCGGCGUGCCCACAAACUCCACCUCCGGCCCAAAUGCUGGCGGCGGACCCAACAAACCACCAGCACAAGGACCAGGACCGGGCUCAGGACCCGGUGGCGUUAAUGUUGGUGUUGGAGUCGGCGGCAUGGGCGUCGGUGUUGUUGGCGUCGGUGUCGGCGUUGUGCCUUCCCAAAUGAACGGAGCCGGCGGCGGCGGCGGUGGCUCCGGUACAGGCGGUGACGAUGGCAGCGGCAAUGGCUCCGGAGCGGGCAAUGCCGGCAAUCAACUCCGUCAGAUGCAGCAGCAGCAUCACCAGCUGCAGCAUCUGCUUCAGCAGCAGGGCCAGAAGGGCGCCAUGGUGGUGCCCGGAAUGCAGCAGCUCGGCAGCAAGUCCCCCAAUCUGCAAUCGCCCAACCAGGGCGGCAUGCAGCAGGUGGUGGGCACACAGAUGGGCUUGGUCAACUCGAUGCCCAUGUCCAUAUCGAAUAAUGGCAACAAUGGCAUGAAUGCCAUACCAGGCAUGAACACCAUCGCUCAGGGCAAUCUGGGCAACAUGGUGUUGACCAAUAGCGUUGGCAGCGGAAUGGGCGGCAUGGUCAACCAACUGAAGCAGCAGCAGCCUGGCGGCGGCGGCGGCGGUAUGAUCAACGCAGUGUCCGUGCCAGGACCGGGUGGACCAGGAACAGGACCCGGCGGCGUAGGAGCAGGCGGCGGUGCAGGCGGCGUGACCCCAAACCAAGGCAUGCACAUGCAGAACGGUCCGAUGAUGGGGCGCAUGGUUGGCCAGCCGCAUAUGCUCCGUGGCCCGCAUCUAAUGGGUGCCGGCGGAGGAGCUGGAGGCCCAGGAAACGGACCAGGAGGUGGAGGGCCACGCAUGCAAAAUCCCAACAUGCAAAUGGGUCAACUCAACAGUCUGCCUUACGGAGUGGGUCAAUAUGGUGGCCCCGGUGGCGGUAACAAUCCCCAGCAACAACAACAACAGCAGCAGCAGCAACUCCUCGCCCAGCAGAUGGCCCAAAGAGGCGGCGUUGUGCCAGGAAUGCCGCAGGGCAACAGGCCAGUGGGCACAGUAGUGCCUAUGUCCACUCUCGGCGGCGAUGGAUCCGUGCCCACUGGGCAGCUAGUUGGCGGUAAUCCUCAGCAGCAACAGAUGCUGGCACAGCAGCAGCAGCAGCAGCAGACCGGAGCCAUGGGUCCGCGUCCGCCACAGCCAAACCAGCUACUCGGUCAUCCUGGCCAGCAACAGCAGCCAGGAACAUCUCAGCAGCAGCAACAGCAGCAGGGAGUCGGCGUUAGUGUUGGACUGGGCGGUGCGGGAGUGGUGGCGGGUUCGGGAGCCGGUUCAGGUCCCGGCGUGCCGCCAGUUGCUGGCGGUGGAGCUGGAGGUGCAGGCGUUGCUGGUGGCCCCGGUGGAGGAGCCAAUCGUGACGUUCCUGACGAUCGCAAGCGCCAGAUACAACAGCAGCUAAUGCUGUUGCUCCACGCGCACAAGUGCAACCGGCGGGAGAACUUGAAUCCGAACCGAGAGGUGUGCAACGUCAACUACUGCAAGGCGAUGAAGUCCGUGCUGGCCCACAUGGGCACCUGCAAGCAGAGCAAGGACUGCACCAUGCAGCACUGCGCCUCCUCACGCCAGAUCCUGCUACACUACAAGACCUGCACCAACAGUGCCUGCAUCAUUUGCUAUCCCUUUAGGCAGAAUCAUUCGGUGUUUCAGAACACCAAUGUGCCGCCGGGUGGGGCAGGUGGGAAUGCUGGAGCCGCGCCAGGCGCUGGCGGCGGCGGUAGCGGUGGCGCUGCUGGUGGAGCAGGCGGCAAUCUACAGCAGCAACAGCAGCAGCAACAGCAACAACAGCAGCAGCAGCCAAAUAUGGCCGGCCUUGUUGUAGAUGGCAAGCAGCAGCAGGUGGCGCCCGGCGGUGGGCAGAAUACUGCGAUAGUCCUUCCGCAACAACAAGGAGCAGGCGGAACACCGGGCGCUCCAAAGACUCCAGCUGAUAUGGCCCAGCAGUUGGCCCAACAACAACAACAGCAGCAGCAGCAGCAGCAACAACAGCAGCAGCAACAGCAGCAGGUUCACCAACAGCAGGUCCAGCAGCAGCAGCAGGAACUCCGGCGCUUCGAUGGCAUGGGCCAGGUGGGAUUGUCACCUGUAACCGCCGGUGGAAUGCAGCAGCAGCAGCAGGGAUUGCCUCCGGGCAUCCGCAUGCAGGGUGCUCCGCCGGCGGUCAGGGUCCUUGGACCUGGUCCGGGACCCAGUGGACCCAAUGUCCUGCCGAACGACGUCAACAGCCUGCAGCAGCAGCAGCAGCAGAUGCUUCAGCAGCAGCAACAGCAGGGCCAGAAUCGACGACGUGGCGGCCUGCCCAACAUGGUGGAGCAACAACAACAACAGCAGCAGCAGCAGCAGCAGCAACCCAAUCCCGCCCAGCUGGGUGGCAACAUUCCAGCACCACUCUCCGUCAACGUCGGAGGCUUUGGCAAUGCCAAUUUCGGUGGAGCAGCAGCUGGCGCUGGUGGCGCCGGCGGAGGAGGGCCCAAUGAUAAGCAGCAGCUGAAGGUGGCCCAGGUCCAUCCGCAGAGCCAUGUGGUAGGCGGCCCUGGCGGUGCAGCUGGAGCAGCAUCAGCAGGUGCUGGCGCGAGUGGCGGCCAGCAGGUGGCUGCCGGUUCCAGUGUCCUAAUGCCAGCGGAUACCACGGGCAGCGGGAACGCUAGUAAUCCCAAUCAGAAUGCAGGACCGGGAGCUGGCGGCGGUGGCAGUGGUGGUGCCAUCGCUGGCGGUGGUGGCGGCGGCGGCGGUGGAGGAUCUGGAACUCCCGGCGACAGCGAAAAGGAUUGGCGCGACAUGGUGACCGCCGAUCUGCGCAAUCACCUCGUUCAUAAACUAGUGCAGGCCAUCUUUCCCACCUCGGAUCCAACGACCAUGCAGGACAAGCGGAUGCAUAAUCUCGUCUCGUAUGCGGAAAAGGUCGAGAAGGACAUGUACGAGAUGGCCAAGUCCAGGUCGGAGUACUAUCACCUGCUGGCGGAGAAGAUCUAUAAGAUCCAGAAGGAGCUGGAGGAGAAGCGGCUGAAGCGCAAGGAGCAACACCAGCAGAUGCUGAUGCAGCAGCAGGGCGUUGCGGGAGCUGGAGGAGCAGCAGCAGCCACUGUUGGUGGUGCGGGUAAUGCAGCUGGUGUCGGCGGAGGAGCCGUUGGAGGCGUUAUAUCCCAGCAGCAGCAACAACAGCCUGGCCAACAGCCCGUCCAGGCCGGCGUCCGUCCCAUCAUCAGUCCCAUGGGCGGUGUUAUGCCGCCGCAGCAGUUGCGUCCACAGGGUCCACCUGGAAUGGUGGGCCAGCAGUCGGCUGUUGGCAUGGGCGUGGGCGUCGGAGUGGGCGUGGGUGUCACCAACAACAUGGUGACAAUGCGAAGUCACUCGCCCGGCGGCAACAUGCUCACCCUGCAGCAACAGCAGCGCAUGCAGUUCCCGCAGCAACAGGCCCAGCAACCUCCCGGCUCCGGAGCUGGUAAUAUGCUGGUGGGUCCGCCCGGACCCAGCCCCGGCGGCAUGGUGGUCAAUCCGGCGCUAUCGCCAUAUCAGACGACCAAUGUCCUCACCAGUCCCGUGCCGGGCCAACAGCAGCAGCAGCAGUUCAUCAACGCGAACGGUGGCACGGGAGCCAAUCCUCAGCUGACCGAGAUGAUGAAGCAGCGGCACCUUCACCAGCAACAGCAGCAAGCGGCGCAGCAGCAGCAGGGAAUGCUACUGCCGCAGUCGCCCUUCAGUAACGCCACUCCCCUGCAGCAGACACAAGGCGGCAACAGCUUCAGUUCGCCAAUGCAACAGCAACCGCAGCAGCAGCAACAGCAGCAGCAGCAGCAACAGAAGCCUGGCAGUGUUAUGAACAACAUGCCGCCGACGCCCACAAGCCUGGAGGCCUUGAAUGCGGGGGCUGGAGCAGCGGGAACGGGAGGAUCGGCCUCCAAUGUUACGGUUUCAGCUCCUAGCCCUUCGCCCGGCUUCCUCUCCAAUGGCCCCUCGAUUGGCACCCCCUCCAACAGCAGCAGCAGCAACAACAACAACAGCAACAACAAUAAUAGCAGCAGUAGUGCCAACAACAACCCGCCCUCAGUGAGCAGCCUAAUGCAACAGCCGCUAAGCAAUCGGGCGUCCACUCCUCCUUACAUACCCGCCUCCCCAGUGCCGGCGACCAGUGCUUCCGGUUUAGCAGCGAGUAGCACGCCCGCAUCAGCAGCAGCAGCAGCAGCGGCGGCGGCGGCAGCAGCAGCAGCGACCUGCGCUAGUAGUGCUGGCAGUGGAAGCGGGAACAGUGGACCCUCGGCAGCGGCGGGAGCUACCACAACGACCUCGACAUCAUCGUCGGCAGGGUCGGGUACACCGCUUAGCUGUGCCUCUUCCUCGGUGUCCACGCCCACGUCAGCUACAAUGGCUUCCAGCAGCAGCAGCAGCGGCGGAGGCGGAGGAUCCACGACGCCAUCUAGCAAUCCUCUGCUUAUGAUGUCGGGCGGAGGAGCGGCAACGACAACCACAUCAAUGUCUGCCAGCAGCCGUAUGAUGAGUAGCAGCUCCCAGCUCUCCUCCCAGAUGGCCGCUCUAGAGGCAGCGCAAAGGGACGACGAUGAUACACCCUCGCCCUCCAAUGAGAACACCAAUGGCAGUGGCGGCAGCGGCAAUGCCGGCGGCGGUAUGGCCUCCAAGGGCAAACUGGACUCGAUCAAGCAGGAGGACGACAUCAAGAAGGAGUUCAUGGACGAUAGCUGUGGCGGCAACAAUGACAGCUCCCAAAUGGAUUGCUCCACCGGUGGCGGCAAGGGCAAGAAUGUGAACAACGAUGGCACCAGCAUGAUCAAAAUGGAAAUCAAGACGGAGGAUGGCGGUGACGGUGAGGUCAAGAUCAAGACGGAAGCCAUGGAUGUGGAUAAGGCGGGCUCUUCGGCGGGAGGCGCCGGUGGUGAUGGGAGCGGCGGUAGCGGUCUUGGUGGCGGCAAGGAUAACAUCAAUGGUGCGCACGAUGGUGGAGCGGCCGGCGGUGGUGUGGAUAUCAAGCCCAAGACGGAAACGAAGCCCCUUGUGCCGGAACCCAUUGCUCCGACAGCGGGUGACAAGAAAAAGAAAUGCCAAUUCAAUCCCGAAGAGCUGCGCACAGCUUUGCUGCCGACACUGGAGAAGCUUUACCGACAGGAGCCCGAGUCCGGGCCCUUUCGCUAUCCCGUCGAUCCGCAGGCCCUGGGCAUACCCGAUUACUUUGAGAUCGUGAAGAAGCCCAUGGAUCUGGGCACCAUACGGACCAAUAUUCAGAAUGGCAAGUACAGUGAUCCCUGGGAGUAUGUGGACGAUGUGUGGCUGAUGUUUGACAAUGCCUGGCUGUAUAAUCGCAAGACGUCGCGGGUGUAUCGAUACUGCACAAAGCUAUCCGAGGUCUUUGAGGCGGAGAUCGAUCCAGUGAUGCAGGCCUUGGGCUAUUGCUGCGGCAGGAAGUACACCUUCAAUCCCCAGGUGCUCUGCUGCUAUGGCAAGCAGCUGUGCACGAUUCCGCGGGAUGCCAAGUACUACAGCUACCAGAACAGUCUAAAGGAAUACGGUGUCGCCUCAAAUAGAUACACCUACUGCCAAAAGUGCUUUAACGACAUCCAGGGCGAUACGGUCACACUGGGCGAUGAUCCACUCCAGUCGCAAACCCAAAUCAAGAAGGAUCAGUUCAAGGAAAUGAAGAACGAUCACCUGGAACUGGAGCCGUUUGUCGAUUGCCAGGAGUGCGGUCGCAAGCAGCACCAGAUCUGUGUCCUCUGGCUGGACUCCAUUUGGCCCGGCGGCUUCGUUUGCGACAAUUGCCUGAAGAAGAAGAACUCGAAGCGAAAGGAGAACAAAUUCAAUGCCAAGCGUCUGCCCACCACAAAGCUGGGCGUUUACAUUGAGACGCGGGUGAAUAAUUUCCUGAAAAAGAAGGAGGCUGGUGCCGGCGAGGUGCACAUUCGUGUGGUCAGUUCCUCGGAUAAAUGCGUCGAGGUGAAGCCGGGAAUGCGGCGGAGGUUCGUUGAAUCCGGUGAAAUGAUGCAGGAGUUCCCUUAUCGGGCCAAAGCUCUGUUUGCCUUCGAGGAGGUGGACGGCAUCGAUGUGUGCUUCUUUGGCAUGCAUGUCCAGGAAUAUGGAUCCGAGUGCCCCGCCCCAAAUACGAGGCGUGUGUAUAUCGCGUAUCUCGACUCGGUGCACUUCUUCCGGCCGCGACAAUACCGAACGGCGGUGUAUCAUGAAAUCCUGCUCGGCUACAUGGACUACGUGAAGCAGCUAGGCUACACCAUGGCCCAUAUCUGGGCCUGUCCGCCCUCCGAGGGUGAUGACUACAUCUUCCAUUGUCAUCCCACGGACCAGAAGAUACCAAAGCCCAAGCGCCUGCAGGAAUGGUACAAGAAAAUGCUCGAUAAGGGCAUGAUUGAACGGAUCAUACAGGACUACAAGGAUAUACUGAAGCAGGCCAUGGAGGACAAGCUGGGCUCUGCCGCCGAACUGCCCUACUUUGAGGGCGAUUUCUGGCCCAAUGUGCUCGAGGAGAGCAUCAAGGAGCUGGACCAGGAGGAGGAGGAGAAGCGCAAGCAGGCCGAGGCCGCCGAGGCAGCAGCAGCGGCGAAUCUCUUCUCCAUCGAGGACAACGAGGUGAGCGGCGAUGGCAAGAAGAAGGGACAGAAAAAGGCCAAGAAGUCCAACAAAUCGAAGGCGGCACAGCGAAAGAAUAGCAAAAAGUCCAAUGAGCAUCAGUCGGGCAACGAUCUCUCGGCCAAGAUCUAUGCCACCAUGGAGAAGCACAAGGAGGUCUUCUUUGUUAUCCGUCUCCACUCGGCCCAGUCGGCAGCGAGUCUAGCGCCCAUCCAAGAUCCCGAUCCACUGCUCACCUGCGACCUGAUGGACGGACGCGAUGCCUUCCUUACCCUUGCCCGCGACAAGCACUUUGAGUUCUCGUCGCUGCGGCGGGCCCAGUUCUCCACGCUGUCCAUGUUGUAUGAGCUGCAUAACCAGGGCCAGGACAAAUUUGUUUACACCUGCAACAAUUGCAAGACUGCGGUGGAAACGCGGUACCAUUGCACCGUCUGUGAUGACUUUGAUCUAUGCAUCGUUUGCAAGGAGAAGGUUGGUCAUCCGCAUAGAAUGGAAAAGCUCGGCUUUGAUAUCGAUGACGGUUCGGCGCCGGCAGAUCACAAGCAGGCCAAUCCGCAGGAAGCCCGCAAACAGUCCAUCCAGCGUUGCAUCCAGUCCCUGGUGCAUGCAUGCCAGUGUCGCGACGCCAAUUGCCGCCUGCCGUCCUGCCAGAAGAUGAAGCGCGUUGUCCAGCACACGAAGAACUGCAAGCGAAAGACGAACGGCGGUUGCCCCAUUUGCAAGCAGCUCAUCGCGCUCUGCUGCUACCACGCCAAGCACUGUCAGGAGCAGAAGUGUCCCGUGCCCUUCUGUCCCAACAUCAAGCACAAGCUCAAGCAGCAGCAGCUCCAGCAGAAACUCCAACAGCAACAGUUACUGCGCCGUCGCGUGGCUCUCAUGUCCCGGACAGCGGCUCCGGCGGCAUUACCCGGCCCGGCUGCUGUCAGCGGCCCAGCGGUGGUCUCCGGCGGAGUGCCCGUCGUGGGCAUGUCAGGCGUGGCAGUUAGCCAGCAGGUAAUGCCCGGCCAGGCGGCGGGUAUAAUGACCCCAGGAGCCGGCGGUAUGUCACCCUCCACCGUCACAGUGCCCUCACCGGUUUCGGGCGGUGCAGGUGGUGGUGGUGCCGGUGGCAUGGGCGGAAUGACAUCGCCCCAUCCGCAUCAAGCUGGCAUUGGCAUGAAGCCUGGCGGUGGCCACUCGCCGUCACCGAAUGUCCUGCAAGUGGUGAAACAAGUCCAGGAGGAAGCGGCCCGACAGCAGGUCUCCCAUGGCGGUGGCUUCGGCAAAGGUGGCCCAAUGGCGCCGCCCGUAAUGAAUCGCCAGAUGGGAGGUCCUGGCCCCAAUCCCAAUGUGAAUCAACUGGGUGGCAUGGGCGUCGGCGUUGGCGGUGUCGGUGUUGGAGGCGUUGGUGUUGGCGGCGUCGGUGUUGGAGGCGUUGGCGGUGUUGGUGUCGGCCAGCUGGGUCCCGGCGGCGUUGGCGGUGGCAAUCCUGCAGGAGGACCAGGCGGUCCAGGUGGAGUUCCUGGCGCCGGCAACUGUGGUAAUGUCCUGAAUGCCAACAACCUGCUAUCCAUGGAUCAGUGGGGCGGUGGCGGAGCCGGAGGUGGCAAUCCAGGCGGAGGUAAUCCCCAGGCACGCUAUGCGAACAAUGCCACGGGAAUGCGACAGCCCGGCCAACUGAUGCAGCCGAAUCUGUUGCAGCAGCAACAGCAACAACAGCAGCAACAGCAGCAGCAGCAGCAGCAGCAGAUGAUGGGUCUGGGAGGACCCAAUCAGCUCGGCGGUGGCCAAAUGCCCGUUGGUGGCCAGCACGGAGGCAUGGGCAUGGGCAUGGGUGCACCAUCGAUGGCCGGCGCCGCUGGCGGAGUACGACCGCCGCCCGGAGCCGGAGGAGGCGGUGGCGGCCAAACCGGCGGACUGAAUACCCAGCAACUGGCCCAGAUCAUGCAGAAGAUCAAGAACAACCCCACCAACGAAAGCAACCAGCACAUCCUCACCAUACUCAAGCAGAAUCCGCAGAUAAUGGCGGCGAUCAUCAAGCAGCGCCAGCAGAGCCACCAAUCACAGAUCAAUGCAGCGGCGGCGGGCGGAGGAGCGCCUGGUCCCGGCGGUGGUGGAGCUCUGGCGCAGCAGCAACAGGCGGGCAAUGGACCCCAGAACCCGCAGCAGCAGCAGCAGCAGCAACAACAGGUGAUGCAGCAGCAGCAACAGCAGAUGCAGCACAUGAUGAACCAGCAGGGCAGCGGUGGUCCCCAGCAAAUGAAUCCCAACCAGCAGCAGCAGGUGAAUCUGAUGCAGCAACAGCAGCAGCAGGGCGGACCGGGAGGGCCGGGUCCUGGACCCCACCAAAGGAUGCCGAACAUGCAGAAUGCCAUGAUGCUGCAGAGCCUGCCGCCCAACAUGUCGCCCGGGGUCACCACCCAGGGAGGAAUGGUGCCCAACCAGAGUUGGAACAAGAUGCGCUACAUGCAGAUGAACCAAUACCCGCCACCGUAUCCACAACGCCAGCGCGGUCCGCACAUGGGCGGCGCGGGACCCGGUCCUGGCCAGCAACAAUUCCCCGGCGGUGGCGGCGGUGCGGGUAACUUCAAUGCUGGUGGAGCCGGCGGCACUGGAGGCGGCGUUGUCGGUGUGCCUGGAGGAGCUGCCGGUCCCGUCGUCGGUGGCGACCAGUACUCGAUGGCCAAUGCAGCAGCGGCAGCGGCUGCCUCCAAUAUGCUCCAGCAGCAGCAGGGCGUUGGUGUGGGCGUUAAGCCCGGUCCCGGCCAGCAGCAACAGCAGAUGGGCGUGGGCCUGCCACCGGGUAUGCAGCAGCAGCAGCAGCAACAACAGCAGCAACAGCAACAGCAGCCUCUGCAGCAGCAGCAACAGCAGAUGAUACAGGUGACAAUGCCGAAUACCAAUGUCCAGAACCCAUCGGCGGUGGUGGGCGGCCCCAAUGCUCAGGUAAUGGGGCCGCCUACGCCGCAUUCCGCACUUCAGCAGCAAAUGAUGCAGUCGGCUCGCGCCUCGCCGCCCAUCCGUUCGCCGCAGCCAACGCCGUCGCCCCGCUCAGCACCAUCGCCCCGGGCAGCUCCAUCCGCUUCGCCACGGGCGCAGCCCUCGCCGCAUCAUGUGAUGAGCAGUCAUUCGCCGGCGCCGCAAGGACCGCCGCAUGAUGGCAUGCAUAACCAUGGACUGCAUCAUCAGUCGCCGUUGCCGGGAGUGCCGCAGGAUGUGGGCGUUGGCGUUGGUGUUGGUGUGGGCGUCAAUGUGGGCAAUGCCGGCGGUGCCCUGCCUGAUGCCUCCGAUCAGCUGACCAAGUUUGUGGAGAGGCUUUAGUGCAGCAGCAGCAGCGGCAGCGGCAGCAGCUACAACGGGUGGUAGCCCCCAAACCAGACCAGACCAGCAGGGAUCACCAGUGUGUGUGUGUUGAACGAUUGCGACUAACUCUACGCUAUGAUUGUAUAUUAUUUGAUUUUGAACUAUCACAACUAAUGUGUAACGUAGUGCUAAGAUUAAAACCCAACCCCUCCCCCAUUUACCCUUUUUACCCCGCGUUAGAGUUAAGUUUAGGACAGCAGCAGCAGCAAUCAUCAUUAUCAUUAUCAUUAUCAUUAUUUGGUUUCCAUUUACAAAACCGACGCGAAAAUUAGCCAAUAUAUUUACGAAUGCAAUAUAUUUCUUCUGUCUAAAAUCACACACACACACCUUUUCCUCCCAUGUAUUAGUUAAUUAAUCCCAAAUCCCAAGUUUUUUCCAAUUUUGAGGGAAGAGAGGGAGUUGGGGAUGACGUUAGGGGGACGUUUAACGUCGAACCUUUCCUACAAUUAUGUCGAAAUAUAUAUACAAAUUAGUUGGGAAUUAAUUUAGAAAGUGCACAGAAAAUAAUGAACAGAAUCUAUAUGUUUUUUCCCGAGAGAGCGUGUGUGUUGUAAAGUUGAUCCAAGUUUUUUGUACCCUUGUAGAGUUUUAAGACAGACUUCCACCCCCCCGCCCUGCCCUUCAAAUCCGCACAAGAAUAUAUAUAUACAUUUAUAGCCUAUUUAAAGUAACGAAAGCAAAAUGUGUGUGAGAUUAAGCAAAAGUGCUCCUUAUAGGAGCUUCAAAUUGGGAACACAUAACAAUUACAUAUUUUUAUACACAAAGCAAAGAAAGGAGAUCACUUCCAAUUUGACAGGCAAACAAUAAAAGCGAGAGAGGGAGAGAGUUGGGAGUCAGGAUCAGAAUAGCAUUAGGAGGAGUAUCAGAAAUCAGGACACCAAAACAGAAGGAGCGUUACAAAGGGAUUAUGAUUAACAAGAGCAACCAAUAGCAAUAGCCAAAAUGCUUUGAAUACAGUUUUAGGGUACAUGAAAAUAUUUAAGAGCGAUUUAACAUUUACAACAUAUAUAUAUAUUCAUGUAUGUAUAUACAUGCAUACGUAGGACAACAAAUUAGACUUGUAAUUCUAACAAAUUGUAAAUUUUUAAAUUGAAUUCAAAGCGGAAGACUCACUUUGGGAGGUAAAAACACACAAAAUAUUGCGUCAUUCCUUAAACCGAAAAAGUUGCUUGCAAGCACCCCAAAAAAUGGGAGUUUAUUGAGUCAAUUGAUUAUGUUAACCCAUUUAAUGUCAAUGUGUUGUCUGAGGGAAUAUUUGUUGAGUCCGUUUAUUAUGUUAAAAUCUGUAAUUGUCAAAUGUGUCUGUAUUGUAUUGUCGUAAGUUGAAAAUUGUAUGUUCUUAUUUGUGUAACAGUGCAACAUUAAUUAUAGAGACUUGUAUAAGUUAUAUACAUUUAUUUUUCAAAUUUCAUUUGUCACAAAUUUAUUGACUUUCAACAUUUUCGUUCUUUUAAUUGUUUUCGGACAUCAAAAUCAAAGAAAGCAUCUAAUUUGAAAUAUUUUGAAAAAUGUAAAGCUACAAUCGUGACAGGCUUUUCCCUUUGAGGAUCAAAAAUGAAGCUAAACCUACCUAAAUUGUAAAUUUCUUAAAGCAAGCGGAAAACAUUUGCAGUUAUAAUUCCCAACUUUGUCUAGCCAAACUUUAAGGUUUUUUAAGGCCCAUGAAACCAAUAACUCAUAUACUAAAUAAUACAAUUUAAAUUCUUUGAAAACUCGACAGAAAGUUAUGCCCUGACAAAACAGAAAAAGCUAACAUCAUUUUCGGCAAGUGUGUGUUUUGUUGUUAUAUUUCUGUGUACAAUUUGUUUUUUUAAACCCUCGAUACAUUUUUUUAAGGCCUCCUGAAUGAGUCUCUCCCUUCAAAGCAUUAAUUGGAUUUACACUUUUAUUUUUUUUUCGUGUACAUAACUUAAUGUUAUACUUAGUAUUUGAUUUUGUGAUAGCCAAAAGAAAGGAGGAAAGGAAGGAUUAGGAUGAUGAUGAGCAGCAGCAGUACCCAAAACCCAAUUUGUCUCAAAAAGCCGCAAGUUUGAAGGAUCAUUUUUUGGUAAAUGAAAUAAGGGAAUAAGAGUUCCAAGAUCGCGAAUGCUAUUUAUUAAUGCUAACAAAAAAAAAAAAAAAAAAACAACCACCUAGGAUAACGAUUUAGGUUUACCGCUAUUUAUUAGACAUAGUCUGUAGCUUUCAACUGGGUUCUUUAAUUAAUCAGAUCGGAUAUUACGUCUAUAUAAACAUAUAUAUGAUUUUCUUCUACAUAUAAUUGUUCGGAUUUAAGUGAGUAGAAUGAGAUGGAUUGCUUUCGUUUUCUAACUGUUUUCUUUGUACAAGUUGCCGCCGCCCAAGAAUCAGACAGGGACAGAGAGAGUCAGCGAGAGAGCGAGAGAGGAGACAAACAAGAGAGGGAAUUUUGUAAAUUUUAAAUACUAGGAUACUUAUUCACUGCGCAUAAAAAUGCCUUCAAUUGCGACAUCAAGCAAGUAACUAACUUUAAUUGUAAAUACCCCACACACACAACAUAAAGAUACACACGAUAUACAUAUAUAUACAUAUAUAUAUAUAUAUAUAUAAAUACAUAUAUUACUGAUUAGCAAAGUAGAGUUUGUAAAAUCCAAUGCCCUAGCUUUUAAGUCGUAUAUAUCGGUUAUAUCGUAUAUAUAUAUAUAGAUCUACUCUCCUUACACACCCACACACACACACACAUGCGCAUAGGUUAUCGCGAUAUAUAUAUACAUAUAUACUUUUAGUUAGUGUGUUUUUAAUCGAAACGCGCAUAGUUUCCUUAGCUAAGCGAAAGACAACAAGAAAAAAAGAAAAAUUGGAAAACCAAAAUAAAAAAAAAAAAAAAAAAAACAGCUGCGCCUGCCACCGAUUAAAAAGAAAUUAAGGAUUAAAGGAUGCAAAACCCACGCUGCGCUGCACACAAUCAAAACAGACACCAAAUAACAAAACAAAACAAAAAAAAAAAACUAAAAAUAAUUCAAGUUAAAUUAAAAAAGUAAAAUUUAAAAAUAUUAUAUUAUAUAGAAUCGUGUGAAAACCAAACAUACUCAAGUCACUGGGCUCUGCCGCCGAAUGCCUUUGUACUUUUAACGUAUGUUAAACAAUGAGAAUCGGUAUCGUUUAUCGAGCGGCAGUUGAUUAUCGGAAUCUAUCUGCCAUCGGUAAUCGAUAUAGUUGCGAUAACAUGACGCUGCCUUCAAAUCGCAGACGCCGCGUGCUGGUAGCAAAAAAAAAAAGGAUUAAAAUAAAACAAAACUAAAAAAAAAACAUAUAAUCGGUAAAUCGAAAUAGCGGGCGCAGCAAACCCCACGAUAGUAACCAAAAAAAAAAAGAAGAGAGAAAAAGAAAGAACGAGGACGAGGAGAAUGAGAAAAAGGACGCUUCUAAACGUAUUUUUUCUCCACAUUGUUUUUGUUGUUUUUUUUUUUUUAACCACAGUCAGGCAAUGAACAAAGUUAUGAGUGUGAACGAGAGAGAGAGAGAGAGAGAAAGGAGAAAGCGCGAGAGUGUGAGUGAAAGCGAAUCAAGGAUCAUUCUGUUCAUAGCGAGCAAGCGAGAGAAAGAGAGAGCAUAUUCCAAAACUAUUUGUGAUUACAAUUAUAUAUGAUGAAAGAGUGUGG